AUGUCUUAUAUCAACAACAACAGAGGUCCUACCAACCACUACGAUGGUGGUAGCAGAGGUGGCUACAGAGACAGAUCCAACGGCGGUUACCAGGGUGGUAGACAAGCCGGCGGUGGUGACAACUACAACAGAGGCGGAUACGACUCGCAUUCCGAGCUUGGAGCUAACUUGAAGGUCCAAGACUGGAACCCAGACACUUUGCCUGCUUUUGAGAAGAAUUUCUACACUGAAAACCCAGCUGUGACCGCUAGGUCUGAGCAGGAGGUUGAGGAAUUCAGAAAAAGCCACGAGAUGUCGUGUUACGGAAAGGGUAUUCCAAGACCUAUCACCACUUUCGAGGAGGCUGGAUUUCCAGACUACGUCCUCGAGGAAGUGAAGGCUCAGGGUUUCCCUUCCCCAACCGGUAUCCAGUGUCAGGGUUGGCCAAUGGCCUUGUCUGGUAGAGACAUGGUGGGAAUUGCGUCCACCGGAUCCGGAAAGACUCUGUCGUACUGUUUGCCAUCAAUUGUGCACAUCAAUGCCCAACCGUUGCUCCAACCGGGUGAUGGUCCAGUCGUUUUGGUGCUCGCUCCUACCAGAGAGUUGGCCGUCCAGAUCCAGAAGGAGUGCUCCAAGUUUGGUCAAUCAUCCAGAAUCAGAAACACCUGUGUUUACGGAGGUGUUCCUCGUGGUCAGCAAAUCAGAGACCUGGCCCGUGGUGUCGAGAUCUGUAUUGCUACCCCUGGUAGAUUGAUCGAUAUGCUUGAGUUGGGUAAGACCAACCUGAGAAGAGUGACCUACUUGGUCUUGGACGAGGCUGACCGUAUGUUGGAUAUGGGUUUCGAACCACAAAUCAGAAAGAUUGUCGAUCAGAUUAGACCUGACAGACAAACCCUGAUGUGGUCCGCGACUUGGCCCAAGUCAGUCCAGGCCUUGGCCAAGGACUACCUCCACGACUACAUCCAGGUUAAUGUUGGAUCCCUGGAACUGGCUGCCUCCCACAACAUUGCGCAGGUCAUCGAGGUUGUCACCGAAUACGAAAAGAGAGAUCGCCUAAUCAAGCACUUGGAGGUUGCUAUGCAAGACAAGGAGUCUAAGCUUCUUGUCUUCUCCUCCACAAAGAGAACCUGUGACGAAGUCACCUCGUACCUGAGAUCCGAUGGAUGGCCAGCGUUGUCCAUUCACGGUGACAAGGAGCAGAGAGAGAGAGACUGGGUUUUGCAAGAGUUCAGAUCGGGAAAAUCUCCUAUCAUGGUGGCCACCGAUGUUGCCGCAAGAGGUAUCGGUAUGUAUCAUUACUAA